CUGCUGCUCUUCCUCAGACCCCUGGUGCAAGUGCAGCGAGAGAAGCAGCAAAGCUGACCAUGGCAGCCCUCCCUUUUGCACUGCAAUUCGUCGUCCUCCUCGGGGCCCUCGUUUCCCCAGCCUACUUGCAGCAGUGUGACCAAGUGACCAAGAAUGGUACUCAACGUGGCUUUUACACCGUAGCUGUGUAUCCUACUUCAUACAAGGCAAAUACCUCCUACACUGUAACCAUCAGCAACAUCAAAAACAGCACGGCAGCUUACCUGCAAGCCUCAAUUGCACCGAAUUCCUCUGUGGGCCGGUGGGAAGCUCAGAGCUGCAGCAAUGGCCACUGGGUAGACCAACCACGCAUAGCUGAAGAAACCAUCACAGCCAAAUGGCUGUCCCCAAAUGCAACUGAGGGUCCCGUGGAUAUCAAGGUGUUUGUCACCUUUUCCAAUGGCUCCGUCCUGUAUCAGAGGCAGACGCUGAACUACGAAACCGGGGCAGUGACCGGGACCCGGUCCACCACCUACAGUGCUGCCUCCGGCUUCACGGUGACCAGGACCCACUCCGCCACCCACAAUGCUGUCACUGACUCCAUGGUGACCAAGACCCAGUCCACCACCGACACGGCUGUCUCCGACUCCUUGGCCAGCUUGUCCCUAGUGGCCGCCGUGCAGCUCCUGACACUCUUUGCCACCAGCAACCUGCUCUCCUAAUGGGCACCGCGACUCCCGCUGAACUGCACCUUCCCACCGUCGUGCAACCCAGCAGCCCGGGGGUGGGGAGAGGCAGCAGAUCUACUCAGGAAAUGUCUUUUGUUUAACAUGUCUAUAAAGCUAAUGACUGCACUUUUUAGACCCUCUUUAACCAGAGAGUUGACCCCCAACCCCACUGCCAGCCAGGAGAGGGAAUAGGAGAAGGGACUCAGUGGGGCAGGCUUCUCAAAAGCUCUUUCCUUGGUCCCAGAGCUGGUCAGACAGGUUGUAAAGUUUGUGAUACCGUACUGCGGGGACUCCUGUCUGAUGGGAGCUGUGGAGCUCCUGCCCUCCUGAGCCUCUAUGGUCCAUGAAGUAGAAACAGCAUGGAAACACUGUAGGAAGCCAAGCUGGUUCCCAUCCUGGGGGUUGGCAAAACAAUCUGGAGAAGGGUCUUCCAGACUUGGAAGUAGAGUUUAGCCUGUGGUUGUAUGGGACGGGUUGGAGAAGGAACGAUCCUGCCUCAGGCAGGGGGUUGGACUAGAUGACCUCUGGAAGUCCCUUCCAGCCCUGCUUCUCUAUAUGUUUCUAUGACUGUGUGACUCUAGAAGCAGACCCAGCACCUUCUCGAUGCGAGCCAGAGAUCCAGUUUCCCCUGCACAUCCCUGGCAAAGAUGAGACCCUUCAGCCCUCCCAAUUUCCCCCUGCAAGAGCAGUCCUCCCAGUGCAGCCAAGGCAAGGAGGUGCAGCUGCUUCUCGAGUCCGGCCCACGUCCUCAGCAUUAGCACCCUCCAAGCUGGAGUCCUGCUGGCAGGGUACUCUCCAGGCAUGCCCCCGUCUUU